AUGAGGCGGCAGAUUGGAAUGGAGAGCAAGGGUUGGAAGGUAAACACCAAGAAGACUGAAGUUGUGGCAAGUAGCAGGAGGGAUGUGGAAGUGAACAUCAAAGACAAGGACAAGGCUAGGCUCAAGCAGGUCCAGGAGUUCAGAUACCUUAGAGUGACCGUAUAUGCCAGGGGAGGGUCGCAAGUGGCUAUAAGAGUGAGGGUGACAGCAGCAUGGAACAAGUGGAGAGAGCUGUCAGGUGUUAUCAGUGACAGGAAGAUGCCUAGGAAACUCAAGGUGAAGCUAUACAGCACUAUCAUACGACCUGUGCUCCUAUAUGGGGCAGAAGUAUGGACAAUGGGAAAGAAGAGAAGAGGAUAA